CAGAGUCGCUACUCAUAUCAGCAGAUUCCGACAUAUCAUGGUGACACUCAGCCUCUUUUGAUGGCUGACCAUAUCCUUUAUUCCUCCUAGUAUCGGAAGUGUCAUGAUUCAACCGGCGAAAUCCCGACUGUUGGUAUAUAGGCAUGAUUCUCCAACUACUGGUGUCUUCAUUAUACACUUUCAUCACUAAGAUACAAUGUCAGACGGCCAAUCUCAACCAGACGAAGAUUGCUCUUGGGCCGAAAAUGCUACAAUUUGCUGACCCUGUCCUCGAGAUCGUCGACCUCACCGCUGCCCCCGAAAUCGAAUACCAAGGAUCCCAGCCGGGUGAAGCAGCUUCCAAGCCCAGCACUACCGUCCCGCAAUCUCUUCCAGAGAAUGAUAGUGUCAAAGGUGACUUACAAUCUAUUGUAGAUGACGAGGGGGAAAGAAAUUAGAUGACCUGGUGCCUACUGGGGUGAGGGAAGGAGUAUGUCCUCUCGGCUUUUGCAGUUCCCAUGCAUGGUAAUCCGCUGUC